AUGCCCAGAGACGACCUUUCGAUAGAUUUCAACAAUCGGGGAAGGAUGCCGCCGAUAGAGCAUCAAGAUGCUGCCGCGAUACUCGACGAGUGGACAAAUCGAGCGGCGAAUAUGCCAAACGAGAUAACCUUCAUGCACGAGGAAAUACGUGAGAAGGAUCUACAGAUGCAAGUAUGUCUAAAGGAGAUCAACAAGCAUGAUGGCGCCAUUCAAAGAUGGAUCAAAGAAAAGGGUAGCCAUGUGCCCAAUCCGAAGGAAGCAGCAUUGAGCAAGAUUAUAUUGGAGAACUACGAAAAGGCUCAAACGCUCCAGGAUCAAAAGGUAUUAUUGGCGAAGAAAGCGCAGACUACGAUCGACAAACAUACAAUGAUACUGGACAGGCAUUUGAAAGACCUCGCAGACCGCGGAGAACUUUCGUUGGAACCUGAUAUGCCUUCGUUACUUACAAAGCCACCCUCAGAACGUGCUGCUCCAACUCGACCCGACCCUCCUGUUAUGCCUCUCAACCCGAUUAAUAACUCAGCCGCGCCGACCCAUCCUCGACAUCCGAAUCAAUAUCCUCAACGUCCUCCCGGUCAAGCCCAGGCCCGUCAACCAAGCGGAUCGGCAGCGCAUGCUUCGGCUCCAGCUACACCGGCUGCUCCAAUAUUGUUGAACAGGCAAUCCCGAGAGGCAUCACAAGGUGCAAAUAAGAGGCAGAGACUGAAUGCGACGCUUGGGACACUGCCACCUAGCGGGCUUGCGCGCCACGCCUCUAUGACUCCUGGAACACCUAGAGCUGCAACGCCUUCAGGAGUAAGAGCUGGUAGUGCUGGCCCGAGGGUGGGACAGAAAUCCGCGACGGUGAAGAAGGUCGCACCACAUGGAAGUAGACAAAGUGGAGCGCCUAGGAAAGGGAAGCCAGGGAAAUCGAGCCUCAGUAGGUUGAAGCGCGUUGGGAAUAAGAAUUCUCCAACUUCUACAAAUGACAGCGAAUUAAGUGAUGCAGAGUCAGGAUCGGCGGACGAGGAAGAUGAGGCUAUUACGCCUCCGGCCGGACGUACCUUGGACGGCGAUGAAGAGAUCAUUGACGAGGACGAUGAAGACGGCGCUGAUAACCGCAAAUAUUGCACAUGCCAAACUAUAAGUCACGGAGACAUGGUGGCAUGUGAUAAUGCGGAUUGUCCAUAUGAAUGGUUUCACUGGAGUUGCGUUGGCUUGAAGAGCGAGCCACCCGGUACAUGGAUUUGUCCCCCUUGCACAGCAGCCGCGAAAAUGAAGAAAUAG